GACGUGCUCUCAGGCCUGGAACGAAUGGCCUCCCGCAGCUCUGCGCUGGCGGCUGCGUCCGCUUCCCGCUCGCCCCGGCAAGAUCCGCGGCUCAGACGGGACCCGAGCCCACCCGUGCCGCCACUGGGCAGGUAGGUGGGGGCUACGGGUCCAGAGGCAAGCGCGCAGAUUGGAUCCGGGGGCGCCUUUAAAUGUGGGGGCAGAGAUGCACCCCUCACUUUUGGGCCGCGCAGGACCUGCAGCUUUCCAAGUUCCCUAUAGGCAAGUUUGCCUGCGACAGGGACUCCCUAGAUCGAUGACAGCCAGGAGGACGAUCUUCCUCCAGAAGCCAGAGCUGUCAGGUCGACUUCAGGGGCAAGAAAACGUGGGCCACGCUUCGGUCUCUCAAAGUUGAGCGCAAGUCCUCCACCCGGGACGCUCCAGAGGUGGAACAGACCCGAGUCCCGCUGGGAGUGAGUGGAGAAAGAGGGGAACCCGGACCGCGCCCUUCAGAAAUCUUUCUGUCACUUUCUACCCGUGCAUUCCGAAGCAGGCGUCCAGGUGUUCUGGUGGCAGCUCCUCCCCGCCCCUGACCCUCCCCCGCGGCGGGCAGGUUCAACUCCCGAGCUGGCCCGAGGCCCUCGUCCUCCUCCCACUGCGUCCUGAGCUGCACCAGCUAAAAGCUGGUGGUUUCGGAGUGGACCUCUUCUCUUCUCUUCCGGGCGGACUGGCGACCGGUCAGCGAGCCCCGGUGGGCGGCGCUGCUCACUCCUUCAAUUGCACAGAGAUGUUUCCAGAGAAUUCUUGAGCCGGGUGUCCGCGGAGGGACAAGCCCAGGGUCCGGAUGGUGUCAUGGAGUCUCCCGAGACGCAGCUGCAAAGUUCCGAGGUUGUGCCCUUUGCAGAACCUCCACCCGCGGAGGGGCGGCCAACCCCGGAGGUCCUCUGCGUGGAGAGUGGCACUUCGGAAGCCUGGAGCCCUGAAGUUCAGUUCGAAGACAGGCCCUUGUCACCGAAGGAAGAGGCGCCUCUUCCGGAGCCGGAGCCCCUGGAAUGCCGCCGCCCUCGCGCGCGCUCCUUCUCCUUGCCGGCAGACCCCAUUCUAGAGGCGGCCAAGCUCCUGCAGCGGCGCCAGCAGCAGCAGCAGGCCCUUCCGCUGGGCGCGGAGAGCGGUGAGCCAGUUGAGGACGUCCUGCUUAGCCCCGGUGACUGCUGCAAGAAGCGGGUGCAGUUCGCCGACUCUUUGGGGCUGAGCCUGGCCAGCGUGAAGCACUUCAGCGAGGCUGAGGAACCACAGGUGCCUCCCGCCGUGUUUUCGCGCCUCCGCAGCUUCCCGGUGCGUGUGGAGCGUCUGGAACAGCUCGGGGACCUGUUGGCACAGGCGCCCUCCUCCCUCCCGGCGCCGCCUGCCCGACUCCGGCCUCUCUUCCAGCUCCCGGGACACAGCGUUGCAGCCGAGCGCCUGCGACAGCAGCGCGUGUGCCUGGAGCGCGUGCAGUGCUCGGCACCCUCGGGCACGGAGGUGACGGGCUCUGGUAGGGUGCUGGGCUGCCCGGGGCCCAGGGCUGUGACAGUGCGCUACACCUUUACAGAGUGGCGCACAUUCCUGGACGUGCCAGCAGAGCUGCAGCCAACAGAAGCGCCGUCGGGGGCCUCUGAACCAGGGUCUGGGGAUGCUGAGGAGGAGCCGGGCGCAGAACGCUUCCGCUUCUCGCUGUACCUACCCCCCGGCCUGCAGCCCAAGGAAGGGGAGGAUAUUUCCGUUCACUUUGCAGUCUGCUACCGCUGUGAGCAGGGCGAGUAUUGGGACAACAACGCGGGGACUAAUUACACACUGCGCUACGCGCGCCCCACGAAUCUGCUCUGAGCCCAAAGCGCUUUGCGGGAACGAGGGAAGGGAAGGGGCUGACCAGCACAACCGAGCUCAGGCGGCUGCUCCCGAGGCACUGGCUGGGAUGCUUUGAUGAGCGUCGUCGGUCUGGAACGAGUGUGAAGCGAAAGGAGGGAAUCGCUAAACCGUAAUCUGGAAUCCCUAGCAGAUACAGGAGCUAGCACUGUGAAACUGGGCAACGCCCCCAACUUCUCUGGUCUCAGUUUUCUUGUUGCUUCUACCUUCCUAUAUGGCCUUUAGAAUCCCCAGCCUGCGUCAGAAUGGGAAGAAAUCCCCAAGUCCUGAAGCAGAAACUCCAAGAAACGGGCUCUCAACUCCUGAUCGCUACCGUACCUGUGGCUCUAUGACUUGUUUUUAACAAAGAGAUGUCAUAUUUUCGUCUUUCGAUGGAGACCAGUGGGAAAAGAAUAAAGCGCCCGACCACCGCGCACCACGGGACUGUGCACGCGAGGAACCUAAAUACCCCAUUCUGUUUCUCAGAGAAAACUGGGUGGUGGCUGGGUCAGACUGUCCUUUUCUUUUAAAUGGAAUCUGGAAAAUGACUGCCCAGACUUGACAUUAUUUACUUCUCGGAUUGUGCACAAAUGUCCUUUUAAGAAGUAAGAGGCUGUAUUUUACAUUUUAGCUCCUGAGUGUUUGGGGAGGCCUUGGCAGUCAGGAGACUUUACUCAGCGGAUGGCAAGCGCACUUUAACAAUUGUUAAACAGUAUUCGCACAUUUCCCUCUCUGGUGUAGAAGAGCCCAGAUUCCUUAAUUGUGAAAAAAAUGCUUUCUGCAAUGAUUUGGGGGUAGCCUUCUGUCCCCCUGCCAUAGUAAGAUGUUUGGUGAAUUAAAAUGCUAGAGUAAGCCUUAAAGUAGGCCUCAGCUGUGAGCUUCAAGGACCUGUCACACUUGUCCCAACCUCCUUUGUACAGACAGAACAGCGGGAGACUCCCACUAGGCCAUUAGCAGUCAGAGAAGCUGGGCUCUUAGGGGCUGGACUCCAAGUGCAGAGGGUGGGGGAUGUGUCCCUUUCAGAGCCACUGAGAGGAGUGGUGCCUUCUUGGACCAGGAAACAUGCCCAGCACGUAAAUGCUGCUGAGACCCAGAUGGGCAUUCUGUACUGCCACCACAGGCACAGGGUCACUCGCUUCUGGGUGGCUGUGGAUGCCAGGGUGAUUUGGCCCGGAAUGAGGCAGCAGGUGGGCAUCCUGGGUAAGGACCUAAUUCCACCAUACCUUGGUAAUCCUUCUUUGGUAAUUUAGGCUUUUAAAAAGUUUUCCAGCACAAAGCUAGCUUUGCCAAUUAGUUUUGGAAUGGUAAUGUUUAAGAAGGGAUGUUUUUGUUUAGAAGAGGGUCAUUGACCAAAUUUGGCCCAAAGCCUGUUUCCUCUUUACAUUUUUAAAUAGUUGAAAAAUUCAAGAAACGAAUACUAUUUUGCCAUGAGGAUCAUAUGAAAUUUAAAUGUGCACAUCCAGAAAUAAAGUUUUAUUGGAACACA